AUGGGUGCUGCAGCAACCACGAUCCCUGAGGAUUGGAUGGCAGUGGGAGCUCCCAAGGAUCACAACGUGCAACACGACCUCGUGCUGAAGAUGCACAGAUGCCAGCGCUAUAGGCACAAAGCUGAGUACUCACCUGGUGGAUAUGAUAAAAAGGAACUGUCGAUUCGAGAUGCUUUGGUAUCAAAGCAAAGAAAGGUUGGGAACGUCCACGACGAUGAAAGGUGGAUGGAGGAGGGUGGGAUUGAAAGUGUUGCCUUCGGAGAGCUUGUUUGGCCCUUGGGUUUUGAGGUCGACCACGCGUCUUGUAUGCGUCCGGUCGGCUCAGAUCGAAGCGCGUCAUACCGCGUCGAAAGGAGGCAGAUUGAAUCUUUACUUGUGCGCAGCAAGCCCUGCUCCAUGGAGUCUCCAUUUCUAUUUACACGCGCUGAUACAUCAUCGGAUCUAGCACCUCGAGGCAGCUGA